AGGUGAGCCUUCUUAAGGAAGUGCGAUGUAAUAUUCGUUUAUUAUCUGGAAACAGUUUCCUGUUUUCUACAGGCAGUCCGAUCUUUAUCUCUAUUAUCUGACAAAAGUUUUGACACAACUAGCAAUAUUCAACAGAAGGGCGCAAAGUUGAUAAAUGGAACGCCUACUGGUUGUAGUGGUCUUUGUCGUAAAGAGUAUAGUCGAGACCUGGGCUUCUUGCCCUGUUGUUCACCAGGCGGAUAUCCGGGUCCUAGAAGUCCGUCUUCAACCCCAUCCUGUCCCCCAACAACAGACCACUUAUGUUUGUCAACAGUUUCAGGUUCCCGAUCUUGAGACGUAUCACGCCGUAGCAUUCGAACCUCUAAUCGGGAACGAGGAUGCUGUUCAUCACAUGCUGCUGUUUGGGUGUGACCAUGACUUUGGCACAGAUGACAUCCAUCCAUGUGGUGGCUUAGAUACUUCUUGCAGUGCCUGGCUCUCUCAGUAUUCUCUUGGUGUAAGAGGACCGAUCUGUUUACCAAACGAUGUUGGUGCUAGGUUUGGAAAAGACUCUUUCACGAAAUUGCUUUUGCAAGUUCACUGGAAUAAUAAAAAUUUGGCUGCAAACAUUACAGAUGACAGCGGAUUUCGAAUUUAUUAUACGACCCGACUGAGACAGCAUGACCUUGGGAAUGUCCAAAUUGGUCAAAACCAAAUUGCGAUACAGCCGCGAUCUGAAACCACAAUAAAGGGGAGUUGUAGUUCCAGCUGUACCGGGAUGUUACCCCAUUCAAUCUAUCUUACAAGGACAUACAUUCAUAUGCACUAUUUAGGCAUAAAUGGAAGACUAGAAGUUUACAGAAAUGGAAGUCUUAAGACUUUGGUAGCUAAAGAUGCUGAUUAUGUCUAUGAUGCAUCCCCCAUUCAUGAACAUGGAACUCCGGUGGAAAUUCUACCUGGUGAAGAAAUCAAACUUACAUGCACGUUCAACUCACGUGACGGACACAGGAAGAAAGACAACAUGGUGUAUUUUGGUGAAGGAUCAGAGGCUGAGAUGUGUUAUGCCUUCGUGUCCUACUUUCCGAGAAUACGUGGAUUUGAUCAAUGUAUUCAAAUGGGUGAUAUAGAUAUCAAUUGUUAAUACAUGUAUAUGAAUAAAGAAUGGAGAGACAGUGAAAAUGUCUAAA